UGGUAGCGGCGCGGGUCCCGGGGAUGCGCUACUGUUCCCGGCUCCGGCUGCAACAUGUCGGGCUCCGGGCCGCCGCCGCCGCUCCCGCUGCUCAUCCUGAUGCUGCUUGUGGGUCAUUCCCGGGCCCUGGUCCUGGCCCCGGAGGCCGGGCUGCGGGAGAUGCUGCGGGAGGUGGGCGAGCUGACCGAGGACACGCAGCGCAAACUGCAGGGAGCCGCCCGGGAGAUGGACCUGAUGCCCAAGAGGCUGCCCUGGGACCAGGAGUCGGUGCCCAAGGAACAUCGCGAUGAACCCAUCUCCCUCCUGGGAAUUGGAGACCCAUCCGCAUGGGCUCAGCGGGAAGCCGGCAAGGAAUGUAUCGUGGAUGAGGACUGCAGGGAUGACCAGUUCUGUGAGACCAACCCGCUGGAGCCCAAGUGCCUUCCGCGCAGAGGAAGCGAACAGAAUUGUACCCGUGACGGCCAGUGUACCCGGGGUCACUUGUGCAUCUGGGGAGAGUGCCGAGCGAACGCAGUGAGGGGGCAACUGGGCUCCAUCUGUGAGCAACAACCACAGUGUGGUCCACACCUGUGCUGUGCCUUCCACAUUGACCUCUUGUUUCCUGUCUGCACCCCACUGGCGGAGAGAGAGCGGCCAUGUCACGACCCUGCCCACCAGCUGUUGGACCUCAUCACCUGGGAGAUGGAUCCGGACAGGGCGUUUGACCGCUGCCCCUGUGCCAGAGGACUGCUGUGUCUGCCAGAAGGGGACACCUUGAUGUCCGUGUGCAAGGACCGCAAGCAAGCAGCGGUCACUAAAGAUCUCUCCGACAAGGCGGAAAUGGAAGACCUCCGUCUCUCAGCACGGGAGGACCCCAAUGACAGAGAACAUCACCACACGGCGGCAGAUAAAGACGAGGAAGCCGAGCUCAGGACUGCAGUGAGUGCCAUGUUGGGUUCUAUCAGGGAACGCCACGAGUGGGAGAAUCCAGAAGGAAGUGAAGAAUAUGAAGUUGAACAGGUGACAGAGCUAGCGGAGGUGAGGGAAACAGGAGCUGAUAGUCACAGCUAAACUUGCCCUUCCGUCCAAACUGGCUCUUUGAACCCUUGCUGCACAGUAGAGAAAGCAAGAAGCACAUAGAGGCUGUGUUCCACAGAGAAGCUGUUACUUUAGCAAUCGCUUGAAAAACAUGUAGAUUCCUUGUUAUUUUUAGGAACAUCUUUAGUCGGUUAGUGCUCUGGUAACAGCCACUAAAUUCGGCACCAGUUCAAAUUCUUUGACAUAAGAUUGGGUCGCUGGUGAUGGAUUUGGAGCAUCAAAAGCGGGCUGUUUGAUUCUUGCUGCAUUCCAGUGAGACAUAGGGAGCAAUAUGCUGCUUCAUCUGCUCUAACCACACAGUCUACUUCAAUGGGCUCCAAGUAUGUGCUUAGCCCAUUGGCAGCAGCCUGUUGCUUUUUCUAAAACAUAUUUUGUGUAACAUAUCUGUCAUCAAUAAAAAGAACAUCAUCCGGAGGUC